UGGACUUUUUUUACUCUUACACAUUUGAAUUUUUAUAGAAAAGACAGCAAAUAAGGGUCCGUCGAAGCAAAAGGCUUGUUCCAAUUUAUGUGUGCCGCUAAAUUCAUCUCCUUCGAACACUGAUUGACCACAAUUCGAUUCAAAAUAUAAUAUUCUGAACUCAAAUCCAAUUCAAAAUUUUUAGGGUUUUGGAAGAUCCAUAUGUCGACGACGGGUGGACCUAAAGAUAGGGACUUGCAGCUCAUGGCGGCGCCGGAGAAGAGAUCUCUUAUGCUUCCUCCGAAGCCACCCUCAGCGUCUACAUCAUCGGCCAUUGUCGAGUAUACUCCUCCAGUGUUCAAGGAAGAGGAAGAAGAUAUAGAGAUUAAGCUCCGUCGAAUCAUCGAUAAUGUUCCUGUUCGCGUCAGCAACACCUCCGGUAGCUCAGCUGGUUCUGGCUCUGGCGACUUUCAUCAGUAUCGACAAAUGAGACGGAAAGAGCAAGACAGGCUUGCUCGGAUGGAUGUAGAUUACCAACGAAGGAAAGAAGAGGCGGAAUUCAUCAUGCGAAGGGAGGAAAGAUUGAAAGCCGCUGAAGAACGAACAGCAAAAAGACGUUUAAAACGUCAGAAGAAAAAGCAAAGGAAAAGGCAGAAGAAGAGCAUCACCAAUGCAGAUGGGGAAAAGAAUAAGAAAGAAGAAUCUUCAGAAGAAGAAGAGGAGUCCGAUAAUGAAGGACCGAAAUGAACAGCUUGUAUCCCAAUACUAAGUUUAUGCCUUCAAAUUUUCUUUCAAACUUAAGAUGUAGCAUAUUUGUAGCAAGAAGAACAACAAAUUCAUUUGAUGUUCUGGAUUUUUGUAGUCUAAAUUCUUUGAUCCCUUCUUCUUUAGGAUGAAAAAAGAAGAAGAAAUUCUUAUUCUUUUUUGCAGCCAAACAAAACAAAAAACGAUAAAUCAUUCUUCAAGAAAAA